CUGGACCGCACUCCGACAUCUCGCCCCAUAUCAUGGCACAUCAAGUCCCCUUCCACAACCCCAACGCGCCAUACCAGCCGCACCCCCAACAACGUCAACGUCCAGCAUUCUCGCAGCAACCGCAGCAACAAGCGGCCGCCGAUGGCUUCUACUCUUCUGGUCCGCCAGUGGGAGGAGCUCCUGCGUACGGUGAUCAGCCGGCAUAUCACCAAAGCGGCCAACCGCUUGCACCGGUGCAGCCGCAACCGCAGUAUGGUGGAGCAUCUCCUUCCCAUCCUACCUACCCCGACGGCAUGAUGGGUGCAAGCAAUCACCCAUCAAGCAACAACAGCAUGGGUGGUUUCUUUGGCGAGAUGGGCCAAGCCGUGAACCCCGAGCUCAUGAACAAUCCGAUGGCAGCGUACGCAAUGAAUCACGGCGCCAAGAUGAUGGAAGACCAAGUCAAGUCGUUCAUGCCUGGCGCGGCGGCUGGGGCGUUGAACAUGUUUGGAUCGGUCAAGUAUUACUUUACAGUCAACAACACGUAUGUCGUGCACCGGCUCAAGAUGCUGUUGUGUCCAUUCAUCCACAAAGAUUGGCGGCGCAUCGUGCAAAACGAAGGCAACAACACCGGCGUCGACGUCGUGUACGCGCCGCCGUCGAUGGACAAGAACGCGCCGGAUUUGUACAUCCCGUUGAUGAGUUUUGUCACGUACAUUUUGAUUGUGGGGUACAUCAAGGGCGCGUCUGGACGGUUCAACCCGGAUGUGAUUACCGAAGUGUCGACGUACUGCUGCUUGAUGCAACUGGUGGAAAUCUGCCUCAUGAAGCUUGGGUUGUAUCUGCUCAACAGCCAAAUUAACUGGUUGGACUUGGUGUCGUUCACGGGCUACAAAUACGUGGCACUUGUGAUCAACACGGUGGUGCACUUGAUCUUGGGCUACAUUCCGUACUACGUGGUGUUGGCGUACACUGGCAUUGCCACAUCCUUCUUCACGUUGAAUGGGCUCAAGGGCACGGUGCCAGAACCCAACCACGACCAGCGCCGCUUUCGAAACUACAUGCUGCUGGCGAUGGCGGUGUUGCAAUUGCUGCUCAUUUGGUGGAACUCGUACAGCAGCGAGAUCCAAUAAAUAGUUGACCGUCGUAUAUAUAUAUAUAUAUAUAUAUAAUAUAUAUAUAU